AGUCUCGGCUAUCUGAAGAUGAAAUGGGCUGGCAGGUGGCAGUAAGCCCCCUUCGCUAGCUGAGUGCAGAUGCAGCUGAACAGCGCCCGGGUCCGGGUCAGAGUGGCAGCGCGGCGGCCCCCAGCAGAAGGAGCGCGGGGAGUGUGCGGAAGGCAGGGCGUGGCGCGGGCGUGCGCGGGACGGGGGACACCGGACGGCCGCGCCAGGAGAGAGGCGUGCUCCGCUUCUAUUCCGGGAGCCGUGUGGAGGGGCGGGGGCGCCAGGCGAGCAUCCUGUCCAGGGGAGGAGACGCGAGGGGGGCGCUCCCGCGGCCUGGGCUGGAGUGCGCAGUGCGCCCCCCGCCGCCGGCCCCACUGGGGCCACUGCGCCCUGCGUGACACGAGGAUCCGCCGGCGCCAUGGACCAAAGCCGGGUGCUGGAACAGCUGCUCCCUGAACUCACGGGGCUGCUCAGCCUCCUGGACCAUGAGUACCUCAGUGACACAACCCUGGAGAAGAAGAUGGCCGUGGCCUCCAUCCUGCAGAGCCUGCAGCCCCUCCCAGCAAAAGACUCCUCCUACCUGAAUGUGAGUGCAGCGGACCUACACUUCGGGCCCAGCUUCGUGGAGUCCCUCUUUGAAGAAUUCGACUGUGACCUGAGCGAGCUUCGGGACCUGCCAGAGGAUGACGGACAGCCCUGCACAGGAGCUAGACCCGAGCCAGCCAAGAGCCCAUCUCGGAAACAGGCAGCCCACCUACCUCCGCCACUCCCCAGCAAGCCACCACCCGAGGACCACUACGAGGAGGCCCUUCCCCUAGGGCCUGGCAGGGCCCCUGAGUACAUCAGCUCCCACAAUGGCUGCAGCCCAGCCCACUCCAUCGUAGAUGGCUACUAUGAGGAUGCAGACAGCAGCUACCCUGCAACCAGGAUGAAUGGGGAGCUGAAGAGCUCCUACAAUGACUCUGACGCAAUGAGCAGCUCCUACGAGUCCUACGAUGAGGAGGAGGAGGAAGGAAAGGGGCCGCAGCUCAUGCACCAGUGGCCCUCAGAGGAAGCCUCCAUGCACCUGGUCAGGGACUGCAGGAUAUGUGCCUUCCUGCUGCGGAAAAAGCGCUUCGGGCAGUGGGCCAAGCAGCUGACUGUCAUCAAGGAGGACCAGCUCCUGUGUUACAAAAGCUCCAAGGACCGGCAGCCACACCUGAGGCUGGCGCUGGACAUCUGCAGUGUCAUCUAUGUGCCCAAGGACAGCCGGCACAAGAGGCAUGAGCUGCGCUUCUCCCAGGGGGCUGCCGAGGUCUUGGUGCUGGCACUGCAGAGCCAGGAGCAGGCCGAGGAAUGGCUGAAGGUCAUCCGAGAGGUGAGCAAGCCUGCUGGAGGUGCACAGGGGGCGGGACUACCCAGAUCCCCAGUCCUCCUGUGCAAGCUGGACCUAGACAAGAGACUGUCCCAAGAGAAGCAGACCUCAGACUCCGACAGCCUGGGCAUCAGCGACAAGUGUUCCACUCUAGGCCGCCGGGAGGCCUGUGACCAUGGCAAAGGAAAGAAGAGCAGUCUGGCAGAGCUGAAGGGCUCGAUGAGCAGGGCUGCAGGCCGGAAGAUCACCCGCAUCAUCAGCUUCUCCAAAAAGAAGCUACCUGCCAAUGACCAGCAGACGUCCCCCACGGAGGAGGAGUUUCCAUGCUGUGGCCACCUGAACGUGCUGGUGAAUCAGGGCUGGAAGGAACGCUGGUGCCGCCUGAAUGGCAACACUCUGUAUUUCCACAAGGACCGAACAGACCUGCGGACGCAUGUGAAUGCCAUCGCCCUCCAUGGCUGUGAGGUAGUCCCAGGCUUUGGGCCCAGACACCCAUUUGCCUUCAGGAUCCUGCGCAACCAGCAGGAGGUCACCAUCUUGGAGGCAGGCUGCUCAGAGGACAUGGGCCGUUGGCUUGGGCUGCUGCUGGUGGAGAUGGGCUCCAAAGUCACUCCUGAGGCGCUGCACUAUGAUUACGUGGACGUGGAGACCAUAACCAGCAUCGUCAGUGCAGGGCGCAACUCAUUCCUAUAUGCAAGCUCCUGCCAGGACCAACGGCCUGAGCCUCAUGUCUACGACGAUGUUCCUCAUGAAGAGGUGCAAGACGAGGAGCCCAAGCGUCCCACUGGGACCCACGUGAAGCGCCACGCCUCCUCCUGCAGUGAGAAGUACCACCAAAUGGAUCCACAGGUCAAAGUCAAGCGCCAUGCCUCCAGUGCCAAUCAAUACAAGUAUGGGAAGAACCGAGCUGAGGAAGAUGCCCGAAGGUACCUGGUAGAAAAAGAGAAGCUGGAGAAAGAGAAAGAGACUAUCCGAACUGAGCUGAUGGCACUAAGACAGGAGAAGAGGGAGCUGAAGGAAGCCAUCCGGAGCAGCCCAGAAGCAAAGUUAAAGGUUCUGGAGGAGGGCAUGGCCACCCUGGAAGCUCAGUGCCGUGCCAAGGAGGAGCGCCGGAUCGACUUGGAGUUGCGGUUGGUGGCUGUGAAGGAGCGCUUGCAGCGGUCCCUGGCAGGUGGCCCAGCCUUGGGGCUCUCUAUGGGCAGCAAGAGCAGGAGUGGGGAAACUGCAAAUAAACCCCAGAACCCUCCAGAGCAACCUCUCCCUUUCAACUGUGUUUCUGAGCUGAGGAAGAGGAGCCCAUCCAAUGUAACUUCCAACCAAGGCAGGGUGCUACAGAAAGCCAAGGUAUGGCAAUAGCUCAGCUAAUCUAAUUCAGAGCUUCCUUUCUAUGGGAUCUCACCAAGAACCAAAAAAUCAGCCAGUGAGAAAGGCAAAGAAUUGCCAAUACAGCCACACAAUAAAAGUCAUCAACUUUGCUCAGAGAAGAUCCUCAAAUCUCAUUCAGAACCUAUUUACUCUUUCUUAACAUAGUUCAAAAAAAACUUAGCUGCCUGGUUUCUGAGCCAACAAUGUAUUUUGAGACAAAAAAGGACCCAUUCCAUAGGUGAGCCUACUGAAGAUCAGGGAGGAGGGCUUGCCCAGCAUCAUGCAGGGCUUCACAGUGAGAGCCAGGAUGCAGCCCGGCUUUCAACUCCACUUCAUGAUACUGGCUCACAGUCCCAUCUCUGAAACUCCUGGGGCCAGCUGUAUUCAAGACUUUUGAAACUUAGAAAGGUAAUAUGGUACAUAUACUAUAUAUGAUGAAAAACCCCAAGUUCUCAACAACUAUCCUGCAAGCAAACACAUUGAAAAUUUUACAGCAGACACAUGAAUACCCACACCAUGUGGAGAAACUGGAUUUAAAACAACCUUAUGUAAGAUAAAUUCUAGCCGAAAUAAGC